GUUAUUAUUAUAGCCCGACCCGCCGUACAGCUUUAACAUUGCAGGCUACUCAACAUCUUUCACCGAGUAAUCACAACCACUUCACGAUCACUAAUAUAACAAUGGCUUCCAAUUCCAUGGAGGAUCCUCCUUCUUCACAGUCUCAGAGAAGCUACUGGAGAAGAUGGAGCAAGCAAGAUUUCCUACCGGAGCAAUCCUUCCAGAGCUGGGCCACCUACAAAACGGCACUUUCUCAGACGUCGAUGAGGUUCAAGGAUCGUUUGCUGAGCAGAUCCGACGACGCCACCGAGACUGAUGAGAUCAGAAAGGAGAGCGAGAACGACAUGAAACGCUGCCUCAACUGGUGGGAUCUCAUCUGGUUUGGCUUCGGCUCCGUUAUCGGCGCCGGAAUCUUCGUCCUUACCGGUCAAGAAGCUCACGAAGACGCCGGACCCGCCAUUGUCUUGUCCUAUGUCGCUUCCGGGAUCUCCGCCAUGCUCUCCGUUUUCUGCUACACUGAAUUUGCCGUGGAAAUCCCCGUUGCAGGUGGGUCAUUUGCGUAUCUGAGAGUGGAACUUGGAGAUUUUGCAGCAUUCAUAGCAGCAGGAAACAUUCUGCUUGAAAGCAUAGUGGGAAGUGCUGCUGUAGCCAGAGGUUGGACUUCCUACUUCACUACUCUCUUAAAUCGUCCCUCUAAUUCACUUCGUAUCACAACAAACCUCAAACCUGGCUACAACUUACUAGACCCCGUAGCUGUUGGAGUCCUAGUUGUUGCAGCCACAGUCGCCAUGAUCAGCACCAGGAAAACCUCGUACCUUAACUGGAUUGCCUCAGCGAUCAACAACAUUGUCAUCCUCUUCAUCAUAAUCCUAGGUUUCCUCCACGCCAAUACCUCAAACUUGUCCCCUUUCUUGCCUCACGGGGUGAAAGGGGUUUUCAGAGCAGCUGCUAUUGUGUAUUUUGCAUAUGGUGGGUUUGAUAAUAUUGCCACCAUGGCUGAAGAGACCAAGAAACCUUCAAGGGAUAUACCCAUUGGCUUACUUGGUUCAAUGUCUUUGAUCACUGUCAUUUACUGUUUGAUGGCACUUUCAUUGAGUAUGAUGCAGAAGUACACACAGUUAGACGAAAACGCAGCGUUUUCUGUGGCUUUUGGAAGUUUGGGACUGAAAUGGGCAAAGUAUGUGGUGGCUUUUGGAGCUUUGAAGGGCAUGACCACUGUGCUUUUGGUAGGAACCUUAGGACAGGGACGAUAUAUCACUCAUAUUGCACGUGCCCAUAUGAUUCCACCUUGGUUCGCUCUUGUACAUCCCAAGACAGGAACCCCAAUAAAUGCUACACUUUUGAUCACCAUUUCAGCUGGUUGCAUUGCAUUUUUCUCGAGCUUGGAUGUAUUAUCAAGCUUGUUGUCAAUAAGCACUUUGUUUAUCUUCAUGAUGAUGGCUGUGGCUCUUCUUGUGAGGAGAUACUAUGCCAAAGGAGUCACACCAACUCACAACCUGUUAAAGUUAGUCAUCUUCUUGCUUCUCAUUGUUGCUACUUCAAUGGCUACUUCAGCCUAUUGGGGUUUGAGCAAUGGUUGGGUGGGAUACACCAUAACUGUUCCUUUAUGGUUCUUGGCGACUUUAGGACUGUCCUUAUUGCUGACUCAGCAAAGGGCACCUAGGGUUUGGGGUGUACCUCUUGUUCCAUGGUUACCUUCUUUGUCUAUUGCAACAAAUAUAUUUCUGAUGGGGUCUUUACCCUCAGGAGCAUUUAUAAGGUUUGGGAUUUGCACUGCUGUAAUGUUGAUCUACUAUGUUUUCUUCGGCCUUCAUGCCACUUAUGAUAUGGCUCAUCAUCAACAAGAAGACAAGAAGAUGAUUCGGUCCAUGAAAACAAACAAAGAGAGCUUAGAGAAUGGAGAGCCUUAGUUGUAAAUUAGACCAUACUGUGUCCUUUAAUUUUCAGUACCACUGAUGAAUCUUCUGUAAUACAUUAAUUUCCACAACAAAUACUUUAUACUUGUAUGAAAUUCUACGCUCUGCAGCUUUUUUUGUUUUU